AUGUUAUCAUUUGGAAUCAUUCCAAAUUCGGAUAACAAUUUCUCUGGUUCAAUCCCCGCUCCCAUAGGAAACUUAACCAAAUUGUCUAGUCUUUACCUUCCUGAAAAUAAGCUUUCCGGGUCAAUACCUCAAGAGAUAGGGAUGCUCGUAUCUCUUACAGAACUUAUUUUAUCGGAUAACAAUUUCUCUGGUUCAAUCCCCGCUCCCAUAGGAAACUUAACCAAAUUGUCUAGUCUUUACCUUCCUGAAAAUAAGCUUUCCGGGUCAAUACCUCAAGAGAUGGGGAUGCUUGUAUCUCUUACAGAACUUAUUGUCAAUCAAAACAAUUUUUCUGGUUCAAUCCCUGCUUUCAUAGGAAACAUGACGAAGCUUAGGCAAUUAUACCUUUCCUACAAUAGUUUAUCUGGCUUCAUUCCUCCAACACUUAACAAUGUUACUCAUGUGGAAUCAUUCCAAAUAUCGGACAACCAUCUCAGUGGUCCAUUACCCGAGAAUGUAUGCUCCGGUGGACAACUCAGAUUACUUGGGGCUAUCAAUAACAAUUUGAGGGGUCCGAUCCCAUCAAGUUUAAGAAACUGCAAAAGCUUAAUCAGAGUUAGGCUUGAAGGAAACCAGUUGACAGGAAAUAUAUCAGAAGCUUUUGGCAUAUAUCCUAAUUUGAAUUAUAUUGCAUUAAGCAACAACAAAUUUUAUGGUGAACUUUCGCCAAACUGGGGGCAAUGCCAUAAUCUAACAAGCCUACAAAUCUCCAAUAAUAACAUUUCUGGAAAGAUACCACCUGAGCUGAAGUAUGCAACUCAAUUACGCGAACUCGAUGUCUCUUCAAAUCAUCUCAUUGGUGAGAUUCCCAAGGAAUUGGGAGCAUUGACAUUGAUGUACAAACUUUUGCUAAGUGGUAACCAACUUUCAGGCAAAAUUCCACCAGAGAUUGGAGUUCUUUCAAAUCUAGAACAUCUUAACUGGGCAUCAAACAAUUUGAGUGGACCGAUUCCUAAUCAACUUGGAGAGUGCUCAAAGUUAUUGGACCUGAAUUUGAGCAAGAAUAAACUUGGAGAAAGCAUUCCACUUUCAGUAAGCUACAUAAAUGGCCUUCAAAAUCUAGAUUUAAGUCAGAAUUUACUUAUUGGGGAGAUACCACAACAGCUUGCAAAAUUACAUUCCUUGGAAACAUUGGACCUUUCUCACAAUAUGCUCAAUGGUUCCAUCCCAAAUUCUUUUAAUAAUUUGCAAAGUCUGACUGUUGUGAAUAUAUCUUACAAUCAAUUAGAAGGCCCUAUUCCUAACAUUAAGGCAUUUCAUGAGGCUUCGUUUGAUGCCUUAAGAAACAAUAAGGGACUAUGUGGUAAUGCCACUGGACUAAUGCCUUGUGCAGUCGCUGCUAGCAACGGUCAUAGAAAAAGCUCCAAAGUCAUCAUUUUCAUUGUGCUUCCACUCUUUGGUCUUCUUCUUUUGCUCUUUAUCAUAGCUGGAAGUUUCCUUAUUCUUUGCCGAAAGAACCAAACCAGAAAAUCCGAGUCAAUCGAGGCAAAACUUGGAGAUUUUUUCACAUUGUGGGGAUAUAAUGGAAGAAUACUCUAUGAGAACAUUAUUGAAGCCACUGAAGAUUUCAGCUCCAACAAUUGCAUUGGUUCAGGAGGCUAUGGAGCUGUUUAUAAAGCUGCGCUACCCAUUGGUGAGGUGGUUGCGGUGAAGAAACUUCACCAAUCUGAAGAUAGCAUGAUUUCCAACAACUUGAAAGCCUUUGAAAGCGAGAUUUAUGCUUUAUCAGAAAUAAGGCAUCGUAACAUUGUGAAGCUGUAUGGCUUUUGUUCACAUCCAAAGAACUCAUUUUUGGUUUAUGAGUUUGUAGAAAGGGGAAGUUUGAGAAUGGCGUUAAGCAACAAGGACGAGGCAAUGGAGUUGGAUUGGGAGAAGAGGCUAAAUGCUGUAAAAGGAGUGGCCAAUGCCUUGUCUUAUAUGCAUCAUGACCAUUCACCACCGAUAAUUCAUCGAGACAUUUCCAGCAACAAUGUUCUUCUGGAUUUGGACUAUGAGGCUCAUGUCUCAGAUUUCGGCACAGCCAGGCUUUUAAAACCUGACUCUUCCAAUUGGACCUCACUUGCUGGCACUUUCGGGUACAUAGCUCCAGGUAUUUAUUGAUAUCUUUUUUUUUUUAAAGAUACUUUAAACAUGUCAUCGUUCAAUUAAAAGUAUUAGUUUUGUGUGUAAAUUGAUGCG